GCGGUGGCUGAUGCAUUGUGUUUGAGAGAGAGAGAGAGAGAGAGAGAGAGAGAUGAAUAGAUAGGUAAGUAGAUUGGUAAGUAGAUUGGGGGAGAGGGGGAGAGAGACUGGUAUUAAUGUAGAGAGAGUUCGUACACUCCCCCUCGCCCCUUCCUCAAUCAUAUUCUCCCUCUCUCUCUCUCUCUGUGUGUCUGUGUGGCUGUUCCUCUUCCUUUCUCUCUCUCUCUCUUCUAUUUCUCUCUCUUGUUUCUCCGUCGGCCGCCAGCUGAAAGAGAGAGGUUGUUUGUUUUCUGUUUUCUUUUUUUUCUUCUUUUGUGUGAGUUUUUUGUUUUGUUUGUUUUCUCUUCCACCGGAGUGAACUGGAUUUGAUAAAGGAAACAAACAAAAAAAAAAAUUGAGAGGGGAAAAAGAAAUGGCGACGCCAUAUUGUGGUCCGUGCGCCGGCAAUUGGCUUUUGAGUCAUGCAGCCUUGUGCUUCUGCCACGUGGCGUCGUCGGGAUUACCUUUCUUGAUGAGUAUAUGACACGUCUACACUGUGGUUAACGUUGACCGAGUCGGCAUCCGACUGACUUCUUGCCCACUCUGAAGCGAUUGCUCUUGUUCUUUGCAGGUUGAUGUAUCGAGGAGAAGGAAAACAGCUUGUUUGCUGAGAGGAACGGCGCUCGAUGACCAGGCAUGUGAUCGUUUUGAAUAAAGACUGUGGAGUUUGAUUCUGUAUCAGGAGACGUGUAAGAGGAAGGACGCUCGAUGCGCUAUCUAUCUUUAAGCAUGGAGGUGCCAUGAGUUAUGAUCCUGACCUCUAAGAAGACAACGUGGAUGAAGUACUAGAAAGGGGCAUUCAUUCCCUCACUCCCCUUCUUCUCUUCCCUCCCUCUCUUCCCCCACUUUCCCCCCUGCCCUCCAAUCUCUCACUGAAAUGGGGUGGUGUUUAACAGGAAGUCCCCACAACGUUAACAUUCUACAGUACUCGGGACCGUUGCGUUGGCUUCUAAAGUCUCGUCAGCAGUGGGGGGAUGGUAAUAUGGACGUCCUCCCUUCCCCGGUAGUAGCGCCAACGACUAGCAGUUGCUUGACAGCAGGAUGUAGACUGGAAUUCUUGCCCUUACCGCCUUGAUAAUGAUGGCCUUGAUGCCGAUAACGCUGGCAGAAUCCUGAUGAAGAUGACGAUGGCGGCAGUGACGACUACGACAGUACAAUGCGCACUUGAUUGACCUGACCCCCCUGUGACUGACGUCUUAACAACCUCGGUGACGUCUACGUGUCUGCCGCUCCCUUGCAGCUCUCGUCCACAGCGUCCUUUUCCUGCCGCUUCUUUGUGGUUAGUUUGAGAUCCUCUGACGGGAUUCCUCAGUGCUGAUCACCGCGCAAGUCUUUGGCCUUUGGCGCACCGUUUGUUUCCACCUUUGGUCUCCUUUGUUGAUUCCUGUCAUAGUCCUGAGGAAGGCGUGUUCCGACCGAUUUUGUUUGCAUGUUUUCUCGUCACCGGGCCGAAGACUUGUUGGCAUUCCAUAGUGAAUGCUUUCGGUGUUGCAAUCCGGGCAAAAUUAGAAUCAGGACGAGAAGAGUGCGUGUGGAAGAAGAGCGAAGGAAAAGAAACGGUGCUUUCCGGAAGCCGUUCUGUGGCAUGGAAGAUGCUGCUGACUUCCCGGGGCGGGGGGGAACAAUGGCAGCGGAAGAAAUCCGGAUUUGUAUGCAGCGAACGCACCCAAGCCCGCAAGCGCUUGUUGAAGACAAUGCGGUUGCUGAAACCCGAGGUGCAGCACGCCCUGCCGCCGGUGCUAAAAAAAAAGCCGCUGGCGAUGCCGAGGCGCCCGUGACCGGCAAGCCAGUGAUCCUGGCUUUGCCUCCACCGGUUGCUGAGGCGGCUGCAGCAACGGCAACUGAUGCGGCGGUGGCAAACACACCAGCACGUCCUGGCGCGAACGACGCUGAGCACGUGGAACGAGCGACGGUCGUCGCCGAUCAGCGAGACAGGAAACGGUCCCCUUUCACACGGAGCUCCAACUGGUCGCAUGAUGCAACCUUGGCACUCGUCCGCGCAAAGCAGGACGAGUCGAAUGAACUUCAUGACCCAUCGGUUCCGACACAGCGGUUGAAGUCCAAGUGGGCUGCAAUUUCUGAGAAAAUGGCAUCAUGGGGGGAAGUCAGGGAUGCAUCCGCAUGCAAAAAGCGGUGGAACAAUUUGAUUGUCCGCUAUCGCAAGAUUGUCGAUCAUCAAAAACAACCUGGCCAACCAAGUUUUUGGGAGCUGACACCGGAGCAGAGGAAGGGAGUGGGUAUACUGGGCCAUGUGGAGCGGGACGUGUUCGAUGCCAUGGAUGCUCUGCUUGUGGGUAAACAGAAUAGCAAUCAUGCCAACAAUAAUGACAACAUCAAACCAAGCUGUCUAUUCCCCAGCAAUGGUCUUCCACAAUUGCCGGCCCCACCCAGUGACACGAAUGGCUUGGAGCAGCAGCAUGAGGAGGAGGUACAGGAGCAAGACAAAGAGCCGCAACAGGAGCAGCAGGACGAACAGCAGGAGGAGCAGCAGCAGCAGGAGGAGGAUCAGAAGGAAGAUACACCGGCUCAGCAGCUGUUGCUGCUAGAGGCACCACCGAUGCAGGCACUGCCAGAGCAUCGACGACAGCCUCAACCAGGGGAGUCGUCAUCAACGAUUGGUAGCGGCGGAGACCCGCCAGAACAGCUGCCAUUAGCUGGGCUGGAACGCCGGGACAGGGUGCGGCUGCCUUUCGUCCGCAGCUCUAACUGGUCCCAUGACGCAACCAUGGCCUUGGUCCGAGCCAAGCGAGAAGAGGCAGGUGAACUGCAGGAUGCAUCGCGUGCGCAGCCGUUGAAAUCCUCUGCAGAGAAGUGGGGUGCUAUCGCAGCAAAGAUGGCAGCUUGGGGUGUUGUCAGGGAUGCAACGGUGUGCAAGAAGCGUUGGAACAAUCUCAUUGCGCGAUAUCGCAAGAUUGUCGACCAUCAGAAAAGGGCCGACCAGCCGAGCUUCUGGGAUCUCACGGCAGAGCAACGAAAGAGUGUCGGCGCCUUGGGUCAUCUUGACCGCGAUGUCUUUGAGGCACUCGACUCCUUCAUUGGGCCCAAGGAGAAUGGGAACGCCAACCAUGCUGCUAACAGAAAUGGCAUGGUGGUGGAAGAGUCCCGCUUACAGCAUCCUCUUGAAGGCACACCGCAAGCUGUGGACUCGGAUGCGACCAGGAGCAGCGAUGAAGAGGACGAGGACGCCACCAGGCCAACCACGCCAGGGAGCACAAGCAAGCGAUCUGCGGAGCCGACGAGCAGCGACCGGUCGAAGCGCCGGCAGACGGUUCCUGGUGCAAUUGUCGACCUCACUGGGGCAAUUCGCGAAGGGGGUGAGGCUUUCGCGACAGCGUACGCAGGUGCAGCGGACCGCCAGGCAGCGCUGUUGGACAAACAGGCGGAGCUGCUGAGAGAGACAGGGAGGGAGCAGUCCGACGUCAUGAGGGAGAUGAAUCAGGUACUUGACAAUGGGAAUAGAAUGCUUGUUGGUGCCUUGGCUGGCAUUGCCGAGGCGUUAAAUGCUGUUGCUCGAUCGAUAGGAAGCGGGAAGAACAUGCAGUAACCUGUGGGUGAAAGGUAUGCGAAUGUAACCGUUUGUCAUGCCGACGAUCCGACACCCGGACAUGGAACCUGACCGUCUGCAGUCCGGUGUCCGCAUUCUGGUCCCCCUUCAGGAAAAGAAAGUAAAAAAGUAAGCGGGAAGAGCGUGUGGGGUAACCUGUGUCCUGUGUUGAUGUGUCUCAAGAUGCGCACUUAUGAACAGCUUUUGUGUGCAUGGAGAAGCUACAUCGUUCUGCCCCGUCCAAGUCCCCCCUUCCCAUGGCGCUCCAUGGCGCUCCAUGGCUGUCCUGAAGGUGGGAUUUUGCUAUGGGGUGCCUUCACAUGCUUCAGAUGACCCCCUCCUUAUUCCAUGCCCUUGCAUUUUGUACCCCUUUUUAUACGCACGUAGUAGUACGGACUCCAGGGAGGUUUCUUAGCAACUGGCCCCGUUCACCCCACCACCCUUUGCAUACAUUGUCUCCCCUAGAGGAGGGGGCCUUCCUGCUUAAGCUACUUUUGCCUCUUUUGCCUCUCUGAAAGGCCAGGCUUGCACUUUUACUCUUAGAGUGUGUCAGCAUUUCUAGUCAGAAAUUUUGAGGAUUUUUGAAGAGCAUGGCAGACAGAUGGAUAUUUCGGUGGCCAGGUUGGAGGCAAGUGGGUCGUCUUGUGGACAAAGGUGAGGGCUAGGAUGUUGUAUUUUGCUGCGGCUUGUGAAUGAAGUAUCUGGUUUUUUAUUGUGUAAAGUAUACUUGCUGAAAUGCGUUCUGGCUUCUUGCCCACUUGGACGCGUGGAUCUGCAUAUGAUUGUUUGUCUGAGGUGGGUGUCGAUGGCCUUUUUUUGACUCCCUAUUUAUUUCCAGGAAGGAAGAGUCAGGGUCAUGACAUGGUCCUGCACCAAAGGGACACUAUACGGACAUUACACAGAUGGAUGGAUUGAGAGGUACGGUCGGUUCUAAUGCAAGUACACACACAGCGGGCUCGGUCUGUGUGUGUGUGUGUGUGUGUGUGUGUGUGUGUGUGUGUGUGUGUGUGUGUGUGUGUGUGUGUGUUGCUGAGGCUGAGAAGAGAGGAUGUAGAGACCUUCCUUUUAGAGAGGCGAUUCCCCAAGGAGUAGUACCUUUUGGACGUCAAAUAGGCUGGUCGUCCAAUUUGUACAGUAGGCCCCAGACUUGCAUGAAAGAGAGCCCCCCCAGAAGUUACAAACACAAUCAUUAUAUUAAUGCCUCGACUGGUGUCAUUCAAAGAGGGCGGAGGACUCGCAAGAUGGGGGGGAAGACUGUAGAGCCAAUUUGUGUUUUUGACCCACCCACUUCUGCGGUGGCGUGCUGUCACGAUACCCCCUUUUCUAUCUGUAUUUUGCGCACACAAGGUUUGGGGGAAGGGCUGGCAGGCAGUCGCACUGUCUGCCCUCGCCUCUCGAUUUGGUACCUAAGAGCAGUGACACGA